UCCUUUUUCGGUGGAGCGUCUUAGAGUGCGCCAGGGUGCGCAGUACGCGCGUCUCCUGAUCUCUGCUCUGCGUCUUCUUCCUCACUCCUCGUUUCUCACAAAAAGCAACUCAACUCACCGCUCCUCUCUCUCUCUCUCUGUGCCACCCCGGCGCAAUUUAGCACCCUUAUCUCUCUUCACUUCUUCCAUCCCUCUCACCAGAAUACAAGCAUUUACUUUUCCCUCUUCCACUGUAGGCCUACCAACUGCACAUACAGUGGUGAGAUACAUACAUACAUAUAUAUACACUUCCACCGGUCAGUCUCGAGUUUUUUUUUUUUUUUUUUGCUACAUUAUAUGUGGAUUGACAUAGGAACACCAAAAGUUUCUUUUCUUGUCGCGUUGGAUGCUGGAAGUGAUCUAUUCUGGGUUCCCUGUGAUUGUGUACAAUGUGCACCUUUAUCCUCCAGUUAUUACAGCAGUCUGGAUAAAGAUCUUAAUGAGUACAAUCCUUCUGGCUCUAGCACUAGCAAGCCCCUCUCUUGCAGUCAUAAGUUAUGCGAAUUAGGCCCAAAUUGUCCGAAUCCUAAGCAGCAAUGUCCAUAUACAAUCAACUACUAUUCAGACGAUACCUCAACUUCUGGAUUUCUGGUUGAAGAGGUUCUGCAUCUUGUGCCAGGCCAUUCUGUAUCCAACAAAUCUGUGAGCGCUCCAGUUAUUAUUGGAUGUGGUAGUAAACAAACUGGUGGUUACCUGAAUGGAGUUGCGCCUGAUGGUCUUUUGGGUCUGGGACUUGGAGAAAUUUCUGUCCCAAGUUUUCUUGCAAAAGAUGGAUAUAUCCGGAACUCUUUUUCUCUAUGUUUCAGCGAAGAUGAUUCAGGGAGACUAUUCUUUGGGGACCAGGGAGUUGCUAGCCAACAAACUACUCCAUUUUUGCCUUUGGACGGCAAAAACUUGACUUAUAUUAUUGGAGUGGAUGCAUGCUGCAUUGGAAGUUCAUGUCUUGACAAUACAAACUUUGAAAUGCUGGUUGAUAGUGGGACAUCAUUCACAUUUCUUCCAGAUCAAAUAUACGAAAGAGUGGUUGAUGAGUUUGACAGACAAGUAAAUGCUUCCAAGUCUAGUUUUGAAGGAUACCCAUGGCAGUAUUGCUACAAGUCCAGUUCUCAAGGAGAGCCUAAGAUUCCUUCUUUGACUCUGAAGUUCGCAACAUCCAACAGUUUUGUUGUCAAAGAUCCUGUUUUUGUGAUCUACGGCACUCAGGGUGCUGUUGGAUUUUGUUUGGCAAUACAACCCACAGAUCAAACCAUCGGGACAAUUGGACAGAACUUCAUGACGGGAUACCAGAUUGUAUUUGAUAGGGAAAAUUUCAAGCUGGGCUGGUCGCGUUCAAAUUGUCAGGAUCUUGAUUAUGGAGAUAGAGUGCCACUGAAUUCAUCAGGUAAUAGCAACUCUCCUAAUUCACUGCCGACAGCAGAGCAGCAAAGUGCGCCUAAUGGUAAUGCAGUUCCCCCUGCAGUUGCCGGAAGAACACCUUCCAAGUCCUCCUGCACACGCCUGUCAUAUUCGGCUAAGUUCUUCUUAUUGCUGAUCAUUGCACAUAUCUCGUCGUAAAUUUAUAAACCAUAACGCUCCCUGUAGUUUACAUGUAAAUUCUGGUUCCUACUAUUAUAGUUGUGCCCUUUUUUUUUAUUGCAUCAUUAACAUGAUUCACCAUCCUUUCUUCUAUUUUUAGGCUUUGAAAUAGGGUGGUGAUGCAUAGAGUUUCUAUAUAGCACUUCAUUUCUUUCAUUUAUCCUUCACCACUUACAUACCGUUGUAUGUAACCAUAACAUUUCUUUUCAUAGGGAUAUAUAUGUAACUCCUCAAUUUUGGUUGUAUAAUAUAUGUAUCACUCAUUUUGACAGUCAUUUCCCAGCAACUAGUCUCUUAAU